ACAUAGGUUAUUCAGCUGACAGCUUGUGUGUAGUCAAGAUGGCUUCCGCGGAGCAAGUCGGCCUGAACAAAACGUGGGAAUUAUCGCUUUACGAGCUGCACCGUACGCCACAGGAUGCAAUCACUGACAACACGGAGAUCGCUGUCAGUCCCCGAAGCUUGCACAGCGAGCUCAUGUGUCCAAUUUGCCUGGAUAUGCUUAAAAAGACUAUGACCACCAAAGAGUGCCUGCAUCGUUUCUGUUCCGAUUGUAUUAUUACGGCGCUCAGAAGUGGUAAUAAGGAAUGUCCGACGUGCAGGAAAAAACUGGUGUCUAAGAGGUCGCUCAGACCGGAUCCUAAUUUUGACUUACUGAUUUCUAAGAUAUAUCCCAGUCGUGACGAAUACGAGGCGCAUCAGGAAAGAGUACUAGAGAAACUGAGCAAGUCGCAUUCACAGGUGGCACUGGUCAAUUCUAUUACAGAGGGUAUCAAACUGCAAAGCCAAAAUCGGUCGCAAAGGUCUAGGAAAAAUGCCAAUGAGUCAGAGAAUGCUAGCAACGCCACGUCGUACAAUAACUCACAAAAUGCCAGUGCCCCAGCCACGCCGAACGCUACGAACGUAGCAAAUCAAAGUGACUCGUCUCAAAGUACCACGGGCCCAUUGAAUAAUAGUAGCGGAGGCACAACAUCUAGAAAUUCUACCACACCAUCGCCAAAUCCAGCGAAUCAAAUUCCUAAGCCACCAAAACGGCAGAAAAGUUUACAAAAUUCCGAAAACGACUCGUCCAGUGCAGAGGCUGAAACUGGUGGUGGUGAUUCCAUGGUAGACACCGAAGGAGAAGGUCCAAGCGAGCCUCUGAUGCUCAAUGAGAUCGAGCUCGUUUUCAAACCACAUCCUACAGAGAUGGCCGGUGAUAAUUCGCUCAUAAAAGCUUUGAAAGAAAAUAGCAUUCGGUACAUUAAAACAACGGCGAAUGCGACAGUGGAUCAUCUAAGCAAGUACCUGGCCAUGCGUCUAACGUUGGAUUUAGACACAGAAUUGUCAGAAUCAGACAGGCUAUUGAACUUUUGUAUCUACAUAGCACCGUCUCCCGGUCAGUUGGUAGUUUUAAGCGGCUCUCAGACGUUAAGGCAGGUGAACGAUAAAUUCUGGCGGGUCAAUCGACCCUUGGAGAUGUAUUACUCGUGGAAAAAGACCUAGGGAAGGCCUCGAAAGUACCAAUCCGAUGGGAGCUAGUUGCGUUGAGGUCUGAAAAAUAGAAAACAAAAAAAAGAAAAAAAACAAAAAAAGAAAAAAAAAGCACAUUCUUACUACAUGGAGUACAAAGAAAUGCGUGUUGUUAUAGAUCAGAAAUUGACAAGUACAUUUUACUGUACUUCAAUAGCCUUGGAUUAUGUUCAAGGGAGAAGUACGAGGAAAGGUCCUCGUGUUUGUGCAAUUUUUCUCUUUAUGGGACUGGUUGCUGAUUGUUUCCUUCGAAGUGGACGAUAGAAAGAAGCAGAUAGAUUUUUAAUUGAAGCUUUGUACAGCGAUUUAUUCUAAAUGCAACAGAGUUCAGUAUCUCGGAUAUACAAACUGCCAUUCACCACCAGAUUGCAUUGGAAUUAUGAAUGGGUCGAUAGAUUUUUCGUGAACCGUGUAUAAUGUUUAUCAGACUAUAUCCUUUUUUCACAGAUGUAAGUUAAUCCGGUGCGCCCAGUUAUUCAAGUUGAUGGCCUCAAUGGUUAAGUAAUUUAAAAUAAAUAAACUUACUCCGAUUUGCUGUGGACCAUACUGUACAGUUUCACGAAGAAAUAAACCAAUGUAUAUAUAUUA